GCAGGAGGCAGAGAUACUGGCAGCUUUUGGAGCUCUGUGGUCCCCCCGACCUUUUUCCAACCGCUUUGCCCCUGUAAAACAUCUGGGCACCUAGGACACAGGGAGGAUGCACUGCGGUUAGUCCGGGAAGGGGCAACACCCUGCUCUGUGUCUGUGUCUUGGUGCCUCAAAUCUCACGAAGUAACAGAGCAGAGGGGGAAAAGGUACCUCUGGGCUCCAAAGAGCGCAGAGUACAUGGCUUGGUGAUUAUUGGCUUUCGCCUUUGGACAGAGAAAUGAGAUCACGGUUCUCACCAAGGGAAGGAACCGCCGCUGCCAGGCUGCCGAGGCGGCCGCUUCCCCUCCCUGCGCGGGUCCGCAUUACAUCACCGGCGACAGCAGUUGGAGUGGGGGAGGCAGAAGCGCCUCCUCCCCACCCCGAGCCGAGGCGGCGACCCAGGGGGAGGAAGGUGCCUCACCUUGCCCCCUAUGAAGGGCGGAUCAUGCCAUGGCAGCGCCGGCGAGCGACAGCGGCGGCAGCGAACAGAGCCCGAGCAGCAGUCCUGGGGGCCGGGUGGGAGCCGGGGACGCCGUGGCCGGGCGCCGGGACGGCGGGGACGCGGGAGCCCGGGACGCCGUGGAGACCGCCCCCGGCCUUCCUCCGCUCGAGGACUACGAGUGCAAAAUCUGCUACAACUACUUCGACGCGGAUCGGCGCGCGCCCAAGCUGCUGGCGUGCCUGCACACCUUCUGCCAGGAGUGCCUGAGCCAGCUGCAGCUCCGCGCCGCCGCCGCCGCCGCCGCCGCCUCCAGCGCCGCGCCCGAGCGCGCGCCGCGCCCGCCGCCCUGGCACGGCCCUGCGGGCGCCAUCGCGUGCCCCGUGUGCCGCCACCGCACUCCGCUGCCCGACAGCCGCGUGCACGGCCUGCCCAACAACACCAAGCUCGCCGAGGCCUUCCCGCUGGCGGUGCGCGCCGCGCAGGACCCGCUGCCCCAGGACCGCCUCCCGCCGCGCCGCGCCGCGCCCGCCCCGGCCCCGCCGCCCGCCCCGGCCCCGCCGCAGCCCCCGCCGCCGCCCGCCGAGGACCAGGGUCCCGCGCCGCGCUCUCGCGCCGGCCUGCGCGCCCCGGGCGCCUACGAGAGCUGCCAGAACUGCAAGCGCGCCGCCCUCACCGCCGGCUGCGUGUGCGUGGUCUUCUCCUUCCUGUCCAUGGUGGUGCUGCUGUUCACCGGCCUCAUCUUCGUCAACCACUACGGCGGCGGCGGCGGCGGCGGGGGACCCCCUGCAGGCGGCGCGCCCCCUGGCGCUGCCCCGGCGCCUGGCUCGCCCUCGCCCUCGCCCGUGGGGCCCAUCUGCCUGUCGGUGGCCAGCAUCCUGGCGCUCUUCUCAGUCGUCGUCACCUGGGUCAUCUGCUGGCUCAAGUACCGGCCUGAGGGUGCGGCCGCGGGCUCGGCGGGGGGCGGCGGCGGCGGUGGCCCGAGGGCGCGGGCGGCGGCGGCAGCUAGCAGCACCUGGAGGAGCGACACGUAGCGGGACAGCGCACUGGGCUCUGCGUCCGCAUCGAGGCCUCGGGCUCUGUGCGCUGGAGCUUCUCCUCCUUCUCCCUGCGACCCUGGACGCUCAGGACGCGCACUCUCCCCGCCACCCGCCCACGGCCGAGUCUCGGUUUUCGGCCCCUUGGACUGUCCGCGCCCCACCUCCUUCCCGCUGGGCGAGACCGCCAAGCCGAAGAGGAGAGGAUGCUGGAGUCCCUUUUGCCUUGUCAGUGCAAGAUCGACCUCCGCCUCAUGCAGCCACCCCACCCAUCCCGGCCGGAGUGCGUAGGCAUCCUCUCCCAAAGUCUGAAAGAGGACUGGCAGAAAGGGGCCGAGGUGUGGGACCCCGCCAACCUCCCGGAAGCUGGUUUUCGGGAGCCUGGAGUUUAAGGGUGCAGGUGCGCGCGCAGUUAUGUCCGCAGCAGUUGUGAAUGGACUUGUGUUCUACUGCCCAAAGGGAGAAUGAAUAGGAUAUUACUAAGCAGGGGAGAAAGAUUUUCUUGCUUCCUGGCGAUCUUGAAAAGGUAGACACCCAGAGCGCUGGGAACGUGGCGCCCAUCCUUGCUGGCGCAGUUCGGGCGCGAUUGCGGCUGCGACUUUACCAGCCGCCGCCUUGAGCGCGCUACUGGGCAGGUGCGCACCGCGCAUGCGCGUCUCGGGGCCGCGGGCUGACUCCGCCCGGCAGAGGCGGCCGCGCGCGCAGGGCAGCGUUCGGAUGGGGCUGGAGCUGAGCCCAGAAGUCCCAUCUCCUGGAUGCCUGCGCCUCGUCUCAUUCACAGUGUUACUGCCAGGAAGUCAUUUCGUCUUGUGUAACUGGACUCAGGGAGCUUUAAAGAGCCCGACCUCCCUUCUCUCAAAACUGACUUACUGUUGCCCCCACCUGGAAGAGGCUGAGAGCUAUUCACGCCUGCUGUAGACCACAACUUUCUCCUCGCCUUUGCCUUUUUUCCUAAUUUCAUUGGAAAAGCAGUUUAUUUUUGAAUAAAUACAUCUGGAAAUUUUAAGAUUUCCAGAGAAGUUAUUUUACUAAGUGGUGACCUCCGAUCCAACUACAUUUCAAAAUUAGGAGCAGAGAGUAAAGCUGUAUUGGUAAUCGAUUAAGAUUUUAUACUGUGAAACAAAUCAAUGACUUUCAAUUAUCUGACAAAAUAGUGCCCAAAGAUAAAUCAACUCUUUUCUGCCUUUUACUACAAUAUAUAUAUAAUAUAUGCAUAUAUAGUGUAUAUUUAUCAGAAAGUAUUAUUUUGAAUUUAGCUGUUUGUUAAUGUUGGAAUCACUGAAAUGUUCAUAUCCUAGUCACACGACAUAAAAGAAUAUAUGUUUAUCUGAUUUUGUAACUUAGGAGAUGAGUGUAUAUUGCCAGUAGGUUAGAUGCCCUUUUUAAUGUGGGGAAAGGUCACAAAUGUAUUUUAUAUGAAAACGUUUCUUAUUCCAUUUUUUUAAAAAUUUGGAAUAAGACAAAGUUUUCAUGCUUAAAACUCACAGAAGAGACUAAGGAUAUGCUGUUAUUCCUUGUGUAUUUAUGCAAGCUGUCUGCAUGAUAUCCUGAUACUAUUCAAUUAGCUGAAUUUGAGUGGAGUAUUUGUAGCUAUCAUAUGAGCAAAGUAAUUUAUUGGCCAUUGAUAAGUGGCUGUGGCUGCAAUUUAUGAACCACAAUAUGGUGUGUUACAUGUCCACAUUGUCUUGAUAAUAAAAACAAGAACCAUUUAUAGAAAAGAAAA